AUUGAAAAUGUGAAUGAAUUGGAAACAUUCAAAUCGUUAGUGCAGUCCAACGAUAAGUCCUCACAGAAAGCAAAUUCAAACCAUAAGAGCGAAGGAAUUCACUUAAUUGGUUGGGAUUGGGAUAAGAAUAAGAAUAUUUGGCUCUUCUGUCUCUUCCUAUUGAUCGCAGCCAUCGCUAAGAUUGGCUAUCAUUUCAGCAAUUUUUUAAACAAUAUUAUCCCGGAGUCGUGUAAUAAACCUCUGAACAAGUGCCUCAAUUUACUGUCGACCUCUUCUUCUUUAAUAAUCCUGGAAUCGGCCUAUUCUUUGCAUGACAUCGCAUUCCUCACAAACUUGGGCUCAAUAUUGGGUACUUUCAUCAACAUAGCCCUGAUAGGUCCAUCACUGUUUCUGAUUAAAUUAAUACCAUUCAAAUGGUUGGCUUUCCCUUCCAUCUCAUUCCUGGAGCUAAUGGUUUUCGGCACCGCUAUCAGUGCUGUCGAUCCCGUUUCUGUUUUGGCCAUAUUUCAAGAUUUAUCAGUCAAUAAAUCUCUGUAUUUCCUGGUAUUCGGUGAAUCCCUUCUCAAUGAUGCUGUGGUAAUCGUUGUGCACCGGAUAUUAUGCUCAAUGUUAGGACAGACUAGUGUGGCGGCCAUGGAAUUCCUAAAGGGUUUCCUAUCACUCUUUUUGGUCAGUUUUGGCGGAUUUUUCAUUGGAGUCUUUUUUGGUGUCUUCACGUCAUUAAUAACACUCAAAACGACUCAUGUCAGGGUCAUUGAGCCGAUGAUAGUCGUGACGAUGGCAUACAUGGGCUUUAUAUGCGCUGAAAUCGUCCACUUUUCCGGACUAAUUAGUCUAAUUGGAUGCGGACUCGUCCAAGCUGAAUACACUUUUAAAAAUAUAUCGAAAAAAUCGCGAACAACUGUGAAAUAUUUCACAAAAACUUUAAGAGUACCGGCCAUCAAAUUUGAAGAACAAAUACUAAUGAUUCAGACUUCAUUUGUGAGUCAGUCCUUCGGGCAAAAAGCUUACGGAGGACUGAGAGGUGCCGUUGCUUUCGCUCUGAUUGCUGUCCUCAAAGACGAGAAGGGAAUUGAAAAUCUACCCCUUCUUAAGACCACCACUUUGUUUGUCAUCUUAUUUACUGGCGCCACAACUAAACCAUUACUUAAUUAUCUGAGAAUUAGAAAAGAGGUGAAAGAAGAGGCACAACUGUUUCAUUUGAUUAAUGCUAAGUUUAUUGAAAACAUUGCAUUUGGUGUGUCAGACAUCACAGGAGUUUAUACAUUCAACCACUACUGGACGGUUGACGCCAUCUCUAUGAUC